UAUAUUAGACCAAGCCCCAGUUGAACAAGGAAGUAAAAUUUGACAUUCUUCAACGAAAUCAGUUAACUGCGUUUUCAAUAAACAGCGCAUUUGAAUAUCAAUAAACACAGUUUUCGUUACAGUCAAACGUAAAUAAUAGUGAUAUUAGCAUUUGAUUGGAAUCGUUAUAAAACGUACAAGUACAUGAAGGCUGAGUGUUUUGAAAUAUAGAAGAAAAUGGAAGUUUCUGGCCGAAAGCCUGGAAGGUCAUUCAAGGACACUGUAGGUAAAUCGUCUGCUGAAGAUGGUGAAGUCUUCUGUCAGCCAUGUAGCAGUGACGGAGACUGGAUGGUUGCCAUGGGAUACUGUGAAAACUGCAACGAAUACUUGUGUGCUACUUGUUUGAAGGUUCAUCGUAGACAAGCUGUGUCCAGAAAUCAUAAAGUCCUUGAAGGUGAAAACAUGCCAAAGGCCCGUAUGUCAUCUGUGACACUUAAUGCUUGUUCUGAGUUGUGUGCCAAACAUACAAAUGAGAUAGUGAAAUUCUAUUGCUCAGCACAUGAUGUGGUGGGGUGCGGUGAUUGCAUGGUUUUGGAUCAUAAAUCGUGUAAAGUCGAUCGUAUACAAGAUAUAUCAAUGAGCUAUUUCAAUGGCGCUGAACAUCAAGAACAGCAACACAAGGUAGACCAGUUCCUACAUAACAUAGAACAAGUAAAGAGAGAGAUACAAACCAAUGACAAAAACAUUCAACAAACAUACAUCAAAGCAGUAAAUGAUGUAAAAUCAUUCAAAAAAGAAAUACUGGAAUAUCUGGAUAAGGCAGAGGCGGACAUGCUGGCGGAAUUGAACAAAAGGAAAAAGAGUGACGAAAAGCUGAUAUCAGAUCUAAAAGAGCACGAAAAGACCUUGAGAAGUAAGAUCCAAGAGUUACAUGAGAAACUACAACUGCAGUUAAAUCAGGCAAAUGAAUUAUUUGUACCCGCAAAAGAAAUGAAGGAAAGAAUUACGUACAUAGGUGACAGUAUAAAGGACUUGCAACAAAACUGCCAGUUCAGGCAGUAUGAGUUUGUUUGUUCUAAAAACGUCAAAGAAAUGGUUGCAUCGCAGUUUAAGCUAGGUGAGCUAUUGGUAAAGAAAAAAAAUAUUGCAGAAAUGGAACCGAACUUUGACAGUGAAAUUGAAAUAAAAGUAUCGGAUGACACGGAAGAUUGUUUCAUUAAUGCCUGUGCUGUUAUUUUGUACAAUCGGAUUAUAUUAGCAGACAGUAGUAACAAAUGCUUGAAAAUUGUUGAUAUCAAAAACACAAAAAUUGCAAAAAAAUACAAACUUAAAAGUGUACCGUGUGGACUGGCAGUUAUUACUAAGGAUCGUUUUGCUGUUUCACUUCCUCGUGAAGAGAAAAUACAGUUUCUGACACUCACGCAGUCUGACAAAAUCACAGAAAGCAACGCCAUAAAAGUGAAAGGCAGGUAUGACAGAAUCGCUUGUCAGGAAAAUAAGAUAAUGAUGUUAUACACUGAUCAUGUUGUUAUUCUCAAUAUGGAUGGGAAAGAGAAACAAACUAUAUCCGUUUCGAAUGUAGGAAUUGUGCGUGAUUUCGCUCUUGACUCUAAAUCUCUUUAUGUUUCUGAUAGUUCGUAUAGAGGAACGAGUGUUUUCAGAUUUGAUUAUGAAGGCAAUCUUAUUGCAACAUACAAUGAUACGGAUCUUAUACAUGUAAGAGGACUCUGUGUAACAAGAGAUGGUACAGUUCUUGUAUGUGACUGGAAAGAUGAUGGAAGUAUUCAUAUGAUUUCACCAGAGUGCAAGAAAAUCAAAGACAUUUUGAAUCAUAAUGAUCAUGUUAUUUGUCCCUGGUGCGUUUCGUUCUGCGAUGAAACCAACAGACUUUUUCUUUGUAACUAUUCAUUUUCACUUGAUCCAAAACUGAAAAAUGUUAUGAAAAUAUUCCAGUUAAAAUAAUACCAAAAUUAAUUAGUAAGUUAAGAUUUGAAAUUGAAAUUUGUUUUUUUAGCUGAAACUGUCAGAAAAUAUGAAAAUUUUGAUCAUUCAGUAAAUUUGAAAAUGCUGAUGGCAAUUAAUUUACCGACACAUAGGUAUUUAAAGGGGGCAUGUCUGCAGAUAAAAAUUCAUUCUUUCAAAACAGAUAAAAACAGUAGGCUUACAAGAAGGAGUGUUUUCAGAUUUGAUUUUUAAGGCAAUCUCAUAGCAACAUAAAAGGAUAAGGAUCUCUCAGACAUUUGUAACAAGAAAUGGUACAGUUCUUGUAUAUAACUGGGAAGAUGGUGGAAGUAUUCAUAUGAUUUAACCAGACAGCAAGAAGAUCAAAGCAGUUUUGAAGUAUAAUGAUCACAUUAGUUGUCCGUGGUGCGUUUCAUUCUGCGAUGAAACCAACAGACUUUUUCUUUGUUAUAGUUCAGCUACACUCGAUCUGGGAAUUGUUAUAAACAUAUUUUAAUUCAGAUAAUACCAAAAUUAAUUUGCAAGUUGAGAUUUGAGUUUGAAUUCUGAUUUUCAGCUGAAAGUAUGGAACGUUACAUCAUUCAAUGAUCCUCCUUGGCAAUGUUUAAGUAAAUGGUAUUUUAAAGGGACAUGCUGCAGGUGAACAUUAAAAUUCCAUUUUUUAAAACAGAUAAUUAUUGAUUUUAGAUGCCGAAAAUAAUAAACCAGUAUGUGUAUUAUAUAAAAUACAGCCUUCUUCUAUUUUGCAUCAAGGUUCAAUUAAGCGUGACUAACAAUUUCAACAGUUUUCUUUAUAUUUUUUGAUAAAAUGAUUGUCUUAUAUAAAUAGACAAAAACCUCUAAAAUACAUUGAAUUAUUUCAUAUUUUCUUUGUAUUGCAAUUACUUAUUAAUGAAAGCAUUUUCUAAAUUUCGAAAAAAAAAAUAAAUCUGGAGGCCUUCAGCUUUAAUAAACAUUAAUAGUUGUUUGUCUCUGAACGAAAAUUAUUUUGCCUGCAUACGACUUAACUUUCAUACUCGGUUUGACUACUUGUUUAGAAAACAAUUAUCAAGUUUAAAAAGCAAAAAAUAAAAUAACAGAUAAGAAAUGUCUGUGACAGACAUGUUUUAAGAACAACAUCGUAUUAACUACAGUAAUAAACGGUUUGUUCCAUUUUUUUGUUUGUAUGCAUACAUUUUUUGACUAACGCAUUGUUAAUACAUUUAAUAAACAUUUUAGUUGUUUGUCUCUGAACGAAAAUCAUUUUGCCUGCAUAUGACUUAACUUUCAUACUCGGUUUGACUAUUUGUUUAGAAAACAAUAUUAUCAAGUUUAAAAAGCAACAAAAAAAAAGAAGAAAAAAAAAAAAGUAAAAUAACAGAUAAGAAAUGUUUGUGAUAGACAUGUUUUAAGAACAACAUCGUAUUAACUACUGUGUAACAGUAAUAAACAGUUUGUUCCAUUUUUGUUUGAAUGCAUGUAUUUUUUUGACUAACACAUUGUUAAUACAUUCAAGAAAAAUGAACAUACAUCUAUCUGUUUUUGUGAUACUCUAUGCAUGACCUUUGUCACAUGUGCAUGUUGAGCUUGUGUUGUAAUAUAGUAUUGUUAUAUAUAGUAGCUAUAGAGCAUUGUUUGUAAGAAAAUGGUUAAAUUAUUUUAUUUUUUGUCGGCUUUAUCUAUUUAUCGUGCUUAAUUUGGUAUCAAUGUACUAGUAACAACACUAGCCAUGUAGCUUCAUUAAAGAUGGUUCUUAAGUUGUUUAAGCGGUGAAUUUUACACAGGAGUGGAUAAACAGGAAUAAAAUAUCAUUUAUAAAAGACAUUUCUACCGGAGAAACUGGAGCGCAAAUUAGUCUGUUUCAUAGCGCAUGUUUAUUUAUUCCAGUGUGUUGCAUUUUGUCCAAUGGGAAGGAGAUUUUUGUUAACAAUUGAGCUGAUCUGCUCAAAAACAGUGCUUAUCGAGACCAAAAACUUAUUGUAACUCUUAAAAUUGAAAGGACUACUAAUCUUAAGACAAAGUAAAUAUAUUUUCCGACGUUUGAAAGCAGAAAAUAAUUUCUCCUGAUUGGUCAAUCUCAGUUGUUUAUAUGGUCACAUGUUUAGUGGUCGAUACAAUCGAUGUACAGAUAAUUCAAAUCAUUUAGCGUUGGGCAUUACGUGGACACAACUUGGUUAUUUUUAAUUUUAAAAUAAAUUUUAUGUUAAAAUCUGACAACUUCUGUUUAAGAUGUGAAUACACAAUUUAGGAAUACUCAAACUUAACUUAUGUAUACUAGGUUUUAAGUAUGUAUUUAGAAUAUAUCACGGAACUAUAUUCCGUGGAUUAAUACUGUUAUAUUCUGAUAGUACUUGUGUUUUCAUUUAUGGGGCAAUAUGAUACAGUAAUUAACUAGAUAUUAUGAACUAUGUUGAACAGUUCACUGUUUAUUAAGAUCUUUUGAUAGUUUUCACCUGAUAACAAUAGAUCUUCGUCUUAUAGAUUAAUCACUAAUUGGAUUUGCAGUUGGUACUCAGAAGUAUAUAUGAAUUAACUACAAGGAUUGUGAAUAUGAUGACUAUAGGUGAUUAAGUCAAAGACAUUAUUGACUCUUAUAUAGAAAUAAUUUAGACAGGUUAACAUUAUCAAACUGUUCGAUACAAUACAUGAUGAUUUUAUAAAUUUGCAAAUGAAUUGUAUUGAUGAAUAUAUAAUUUAUAUAUGUAUGAUGAUAGAAGGAAUGUAUAAGUAUAUAUUGUCAAUGAAAUGUCUAACCAAUGUCCAAACGCUACUAUGCAAUUUAAUAAAUACUAUUACAGUA